ACGUCAGUGAUGGGAAUGCUGGGAUAUGUGUCCGCCAUGCAUAUGAACCAUAUGAACCGCUCAUCCCACGGUCGUUGCAAGCAAUCCGUGUAGUUGGUGUUGUCACCAUGGUCAUGUGCGCGAUAUUUGGUUGUUCCAACCGCAGUGACAACCGCGGGAGAAAACGAUCAACUAACGGCCACUUCUUUUCGAUACCGAAGACCGUGGAGAACCAGUGCGAGCGCUCGAAAGCGUUGAGCACGAAGCGGCGCAGUUUAUGGCUGGCGCGCAUUAAACGUGCUGACUUAGACAUCGAGAACCCCAACCUGCGAGUCUGCGGCGUGCACUUCAUUACAGGAAAGCCAGCUAAACUGUUCGACGAGACGGACCCUGACUGGGCUCCGUCGCUUCUCCUCGGCUACAGUGCCAAGAACACGGACCCCUCACGACACAGACGCCUCGAAAAACGACGCGCCGUAAAGCGGCAGGCGGACGCCAAAAAGCGGGAAGCCGAAGCACAGAAACGGCGUGCCGAGGCCGACGCGGCAGCGUUAGGGAUCCAGCAGUGUGCCGAUCGGCCACUCUCGCCGCACCCGACUGGAGAAACCGACGCUGACGAAAGUGAUACAGGUGUUACAGUGCAGACAGAGAUGACCAUGGAGGACAUUCAGCUACUGGAGAAACAGUGCAUUUCACUGAAUGAACACCUCUAUGCCGCCCGUGUCGAGAAAGAGGAGCUUGAGAUGUCGGAAAAGUCACUAAGGAGUUGUGACAGAAAAGUCAUGUUCUACACAGGGAUGGCAAACUUCACUGUUCUCUCAGCUGUCUUUAAAGUUGUGGAGAGUGAUGUAUCCCACAACAUCAACAACAGCCUGUCAAAAUUCCAGGAAUUCAUCCUCUUCAUGAUGAAAAUCAAGGUGAACCUUCACAACACCGACCUUGCAUUUCGCUUCAACAUUUCUGAAGCAACAGUAUCGAGGAUUUUUGACAAAUGGCUGCACGGUGCAUAUUGUCGGCUUAAAUCGCAGAUAGCUUGGCCAGGGCGUGAGGCACUGCAGCGUACUAUGCCACAAGCUUUUUUUGAUUCAUUUGGGUCUAAAGUUUCCGUCAUUAUUGAUUGCUUCGAAAUUAAAAUUGAAAGGCCGUCAUCUCUACUUUCUAGAUGUGAAACGUGGUCUACGUAUAAAGGAAGCAACACUGCAAAGUUUCUCAUUGCAAUUGCGCCACAGGGUGUAGUAACAUACAUUUCA